CCGCACCACUUAACAAUGAAUUUUCCGGUCCCUAUUGAGGUCAUAAGUCAAGGACUACCUGUAACCCAUUUUGAUUAAUAUCCUGCAAUAAACAAAUUCCAUGAUAUGGUCUGCCCUGAUAUUUGAGAGGAAAUAUAGGAGGUGAUAUCUUUGAGUUCAGACAUUGUUUCAGUAAUUUGCCAAAGAUUUGAAGGAAGCUCAUCUUUGAAUCUUGAUAAACUCUUAUCAGUACUUUCUAAAAGUGAGUAUCCUCUCACAUUCCUAUCUAGAGAAAAUACUGCAAAUAGAACACCUGUCCUCAAAGUUUCUGAUUUCAGCGUCAUCUGCUAAAAAAGGCAGUACCUCACUUUAUUUAUUAGCUCCAGUGGAUGCUGAGAUCCUAAAGUCUUACCAGUUGCAGGGUUGAAAUUAUGUCAUCAACUAUGUCAUCAACCAUUCCAUUUAAAUCAGAAGAAUGAAUUCAGAGGGUAGCAUUUGAGGGUUGAAUAAUUGAUCUCAAUGGCCUUUUUAAAGGGUCUUCCAGUGAUAGAAUGUUUAUUUGAGUUCCUUCCCAUCUUCUGAUUGCAUCUUGGUCCAGCAUAUUUAUUCCUCCAUUAUUUGUUGUCCAUUCAAGCCAGUGGCCCAGAAAAUAGGAGAGUAAGGAAACUAAAAAUGCUGAAAUAACUCUUAAGAUGAUGUUCUAACUAAUUAGCUUUACUUCCAUGAAUGAAAAUAAUACAUUCUUCUGAUCACUUCAAAUAAUUACCAUAUUUUAUGUUUCCCACCCAUAUAGGAGUAGCAGCUUUUUUCCUCUUUUCUUUUUUAAAAUGGACAAAUAUUUUCAAAUGUUUCUGGAUGAAAAUUACUGAUCAUAUGAUUAACCUGCUUCUUUGCAGCUGUUGAAAGAAACAAUUUAAUGAGGCUGGCUCAAACAAUCCCUUUCACACCAGUGCAGUUUUUUGCUGGAGAAGAAGUAACAAUCUAUAGAUUGGAAGAAAGUUCACCUUUGAACCUUGAUAAAAGCAUGUCCUCUUGGUCACAGCAUGGCAUGGCUGCCAUGAUUCAAGUUUUGUCUCAGGAGGAAAUGGAUGGAGGGCUGAGGAGAGCUAUGAAAGCUGUCUGCACCUGGUCUGAAAAUAAUGUGCUAAAGUUAGGUGAAGUUUUCAUUGUAAAAUCUUUCCUUCCUGAAGUAGUUCAGACUUGGCAGAAGAUCUUCCACGAAGGCACAGUCCUCCAUCUCUGUCUCAGAGAAAUACAACAGCAAAGAGCAGCUCAGAAAUUGAUAUAUACCUUCAAUCAAAUGAAGCCCCAUACCAUUCCAUAUACUCCAAGAUUCCUUGAAGUCUUUUUAAUUUAUUGCCAUUCAGCCAAUCAGUGGCUGACAAUAGAAAAGUACAUGACAGGAGAAUUCCGCAAGUACAAUAACAACAAUGGGGAUGAAAUCAUACCUAGCAAUUUGCUGGAAGAAGUUAUGCUGGCUUUUUCUCACUGGAGUUAUGAAUAUACUCGAGGAGAACUUCUUGUACUAGAUUUGCAAGGUGUUGGAGAAAACCUUACAGAUCCAUCUGUUAUUAAACCUGAAGACAAACAAGGGAUGGCAUUUGGACCAGCAAAUCUUGGGGAAGAAGCCAUUCAGAACUUCAUUUCAAAGCAUCGCUGCAAUUCUUGUUGCAGGAAACUCAAACUUCCUGAUUUGAAAAGAAAUUAUUAUGCGCCUGGGAGGGUCAAUCCAGCUUAUGAAGUUGAAGCUGAAAUACCAACUGCAGCAGAAGAUGAGACUGCAAACAAUAGAAAUGAUGAACCGCUGGAAUAUGAUACUCGACUGUGAUACAGGAGUUCCUAAUUUUAUCCUUAGAAUUUUUUUCUGAAGGGCCAACUGCUAGGAGUUCUACUACCUCUCCUGUCUGUACUUUUCUAGAAAAAAAUAAAAAUAAAAACCAUUAACGUGAAAGUGUUUGCAAAUAAAUUUCUUCUAAAA